AGUCUCGACAACACAAUAACAUAACCUCUCCUCCAACAACAAACAUCAUCAAACCCCUCGAAACAGGAAACAAAAAACACUCACUCGUUUCGCCACUUUCAUUUUCUUCUUCUUCUUCAUUUUCAUUUUCACUCUCAAAAAAUUUCGAAACUUUAUCAUAUAAACGAUGAUGGGUAGUAACAAUAACAACAGAGAAAGAGAAGAAACUCUCACAUUCACAAUCCCUUCAUCAUCUUCUCAUCAUUCUUCACCAAUUACUGUUUCUGACACACUUGAUAGUUAUCUUACUGACCCAAGAAGUGCUUCUGGAAGUUUCCAGAACGAUGGUGUUCUUUCUGGUGGUGGAGAUGCUACUGAUGUUGAGUUUGGUUUCUCAAGACCUGAUUUUCGACAAAGUUCUCUUGUUGGUACUGUUGAAUUGUACGAACGACAUGUUUUUCUUUGUUACAAGAAUCCUAGGUUUUGGCCAUCUAGGAUUGAAGCUGCUGAGUUUGAUCGAUUGCCUAGGUUGCUUUAUGCUGCUGUUAAAGCUAGGAAGAAUCAAAUGAAGAAGGAGACCCGGUUAACGAUAUGUGAGGGUCAUGAUGGGACUGAAACAUCAAAUGGGGAUGUGUUAAUUUUCCCUGACAUGAUCAGAUACAGGAGAUUGACACAUUUUGAUGUUGAAACUUUUGUCGAAGAAGUUCUUGUGAAGAAUGGAGAGUGGUUACCUGGAACACCUGAAACCUUGAAAGGUUCAUAUGUUUUUGUGUGUUCACAUGGAUCGAGGGAUCGCAGAUGUGGGGUUUGUGGACCGGUUUUGGUUAGUAGAUUCAGGGAAGAGAUAGAGUUGCAUGGUCUACAAGGUAAAGUAUUUGUUAGCCCGUGCUCGCACAUUGGGGGACAUAAGUAUGCAGGAAACGUCAUUAUAUUUGGAUCAAGCGUGAAUGGAGAAGUCACUGGCCACUGGUAUGGAUAUGUUUCCCCGGAGGAUGUACCUUUAUUGCUUCAACAACAUAUCAUGAAAGGGGAGAUUAUAGACUCAUUAUGGAGGGGUCAGAUGGGUUUAUCAGAAGAGGAACAAAUAAUAAAGCAAGAACAAAGGCUUCUGCUGAAUGGCAUAGGAAUAUUAGAUGAAAGCUUUGCACUGAAUGAAUCCAGCGACAAUUUCACAAGUUGCUGCCAAUCAAAUGGAGUUAGUUGCUGCCAAGAAAACAGAGACUCUUCCUUUUGUCAGAGUCAGGUUUCAGUGGAUAACAGAAUGAGCUCCGAUGCCAUCGAGACUGAGGCAAAGCUUUCAGCCGAUAACAAGAGCAGCAAGCCGGUGAUUUCUCGGACCAACAGCGGGAAAGGAGCUUCACGCAAGUUUCAUUCCAUGACAACAUGGCUUGACGGCUGGGAGCAGGAAGAUACUUAUGCCGCUCUUGCUGUUGCCUGUGCUGCAGUGUCGGUUACCAUUGCCUAUAACUGCUACAAACAAUUGACAUAGGAAAAAUUAACAUUGGCAGUGUUAUUAUUUAGGUCAGUUUGCUUAAGCUUUAACAUGUUUUCUGAUACUUGUGCUGUUAUUUAGAUCAAACCUUAUUUGACAUGCAGGUAUAAAAUGAGAUCUAAGUCAUUGAUGUAUGUGAAUGUGUGUACUUUACUGAUUGUGGAAUAUUAUUAUUAUGGCUAUGGCAUUUAUAAUCUGCCAGUUAGCUUGUAAUCUGUACAUAUAAGAAACAUUAGCCUCCGAAUAUGAAGUAUUGUCGGUUUGUUUUAGCAAAAAUUGAUUUGUAACAUUUUUCAA